UUUUUCCAAUUCCACCAGCAUUUAAUGUAAAACAAUUCUGAAAAAAUUCAUACCGAUAUAUACGGUUUCGAACAACAUAAUUUUUACAAUAUUAAUAACAAAAAUUAUCGAAAGAUUAAGAUACACGACAGAAAAAAACAAAUUUUCGAUCGAUACAUAAAUAGAUUAAAUAUUAUAUCUUUCUCUUUCGAUUAAACAAUUAUCUUAAUCAUUAUCACGAAAACUUGAUUACACAAAAAUAUUCAGAUUUUUCGCAUUUUACGAUCGGUUAGAUGUAAUCGUUGCAAAUCCACGAUACGUGGUGAUACGUAAUCUCUUGUAUCAGCAGCCAGUAAAAUCGUAUUUACAAGGAUUUAGACGGCCGGUCUUCUCGGAAGAUCCUAUUUGCACGGUUUGCUAUCACGUUCUGUUCACGAAUCAAGUGCAAUUAGUGACUCCAUGUUGUGCUUCUAUAUUAUCGCAACGCAACUUGCCAUUUAUAUUAUUUCAUCAAUAAAAUUUGAUAAAUAAGUCUGAUAAAGAUCGGCAAUAAACCAAUAUCUCGUAGCGAUUUAAGCAAAGAUGAUGAUGUUGAUGAUGCCUAAGGAUUUUCAAGAGAAGGAAUUUUCAAACAAAGAAAUUGUAUCGUUAAACAAAUGUUUACAUUCCUUCUGAAACUAUCGUUUUCGGAUUUUUUGUCUUUUUUCAUUUGUUCUUCUCUCUUUUUGCCUCUUGCGCACAAGUGGAACGAUUACGUCUUUGGUCAGACAGAUUGGUUGAUGAAAUGUUUUUCAACACGUAAACACGUUAUUUUCUUUCUCCGUUUUACACGUGAUGAUUUAUUGACAAAUUAUUAACGACGAUAUUUUUGUAUGCUCGAGGCAAACAAUGUCACUUGAUUAAUUUAAUAAAAAUUAAAACUGUCUGAUGGUGAUUAAUCGGUCGAAAAGGCUUGUAAUGUAUUCUUAGAAAUGUUUUCCGUACGAAAUAUACUUUCUUUUCCUCGUUUUGCAACACAUUACUGACGAAUUAUUGUUAUUCGAAAACAUUUUCGUGACGAAAAUACAUUUGUCGAAUCAAGAAAUUCUCCAAUGAUCACUUUUUUUAUUAACGAUGUUAUAUUAAAAAAAAAGUGGGGGAAAUUUUUUAAUUCUUCUUUCUCGAAAGAUCGUGAUAAAGUUCAAGAUUGUAGAUUAAAACAAUCAAUGCAACUUGAAUCAAAGUAAACAAUUUGUUCUCCGAUGAAAUUAAUAAAAACUUGCAGCACUUUGAUCAUCGUGAAUAAAUAUCAAUAAAAAAAAUUGCAAUUGUAGGGCGAUUAUUGCGAAUUAAAUAAUAAUAUUUCAUAAAACGGAGAGAUAAAAUUCAAAUGUGGAUCCGUUUUCUUAUUCUAUAAGAUAAUUUGUUCAUUAAAUUAAUAUUUCCAUUAAAUCUAACGAUAAUUUUCUAUCAGUAUUAUUGCUAUCUUCUAGUAAUGUUAUCUUUAUAAGUGAACUUUCUUUUUACGUAUCAUAACGUGAUAUUGUUAACGUUUAACGUUUCAGUGUAGAAGUUAUCUAUGAAAGUUUAAAAUUCUUAAAAAUAUAAAAACAAUUUUAUGCAUAUAAUUAUAGAAUAUAAUCGUUUGAAUUUUAAUAACGUUGUUCGUGAUGAAUGAACUUUCGUUCAAAGUGAAUUAAUGUAAGAUUAAGAGAAGAUAGAUCGCGAGAGGAUUAGCAAGUGCAAAAGCAAUGGGUCAGUACUUUUAAUUAGGAAACGUUUAGAUUGUAAAUUGGAUUAAAAUUAUGAAAAUAUUUUUUAGUAUUCUAUCAAUAUCUUAAUGGUAUUAGGAAUUUUAAUCACGAUUAGUAUCUCUGGUAUCUUUAGAAGUCUAUCAGUAUUUUUGUCGAAAACAUUCAAAGCUCUUUUUAUUGGACAAAUAUAUUAUAUGGUUAAAUUUUUAUUAAAAAUAAGUGAUCCUUUAUUGUAAUUAUGUUUGAUUUUAAUCUAUUUUUUAUUAUUAUGAAAAUAAGAAUAAAUUAAUUGCAUAUAUAUUUAAUUAAAUCGAUUUUAAUUCUUUUUUAUCGAAAAAAUUACAUCUUAUUUUCAAAUGUAAAAAAUUCUUCAUUAAAGAUUUAAUGAAUACUUAUUUUUAACUUUGUUCUUUUCCAUAUUUAUAAGUCUCUUUUGAUUCUUCAAAAGACCAUGUUAAAAUCCAAACGAGCAUUAGCAUGAAACUGAAGCAGGUCACUCAUUCUUUCUAAAUCACGAAAAGAUAUUAUUGUUUUCAAUAAUUUUUUCUUUCUUACAAGUCCAUAUUUAUACGAAUGCAUCACUAUCUCUACUUUUGCAUCCUCUUAAUAAAACUUUUCACAAAUAUAUAUAAACAUCUAUUAAUCAAAAAAUUAAAUUAAAGCCAAAAAUGGAGCUCGAAUUUUACUUAUCACAGCAACAAACAAAUCCAAAUUUUUUCUUAAACAAAGAUUCAAGAAAAUUUCAACAAAACAAUAGUUUUCAAGUUACAGAAUUAUGCCAAACUUCCUAACCCUCGUCCCCAUCCAAUUAAUUAAUCCAAGAGAAUAAAAUUCUAUUCAUAUCUUCAACUUUUAAUUCCAAAUAUAUCAAAUUUCUCUCAUCUAACCCCUAUAUCAUAUAUCACCCCCCUUUAUCCAAAACUAACCAACCCAAACAACUUUCUCCUUUAACUCGACUUGAAAAAAAGAGAAUCUCUUCUUCCAAAUCGAUCGAUCAAGUAUCGAAUGAAGAGGAAAAAAUAGGGAAGUCCUGUUAUCUCGCCACGGCUGAUCGCCAAUCUCGGGCCAUCGGAAAUCUCGCGCAGAAGCAAUGGAUCGAGCCACGUUCUGCCGAUGCGCGGGAGCUCGCUAUCAAAACGAAGGACGCGUAGGUGGUGCGAGUCGCGGUUCUAUCCGUCGGAUUUAGUUAAUGUCCAGCGCUCCGCCGACUCGGAUGUCGCACCGGCUCUGAAAAAACACAGCCAUGACACACGCCUGACUCCGCCUCGAACAACCGACACACAGCUCGACCACUUUUCCUUCAUCUUCGCGCGUUCGCGUGCAAAACGAACGAGCCUCGUAAUAAAACUCGUCGUGAGGAAUUUGGUAAAGUGGAAGAAACGCGGAGGAAAGGUAACUUUAUGAGACACGUUGAAAGGAGGGGCGCGUUCUCGUGAGACGAUUGUCUCUCGUUCGUCGAUCCGAGAGAUCGUCGCGUGUCAGAAAUUCAGCUCGAUCGAAAACAAAAGAAAACUUGAGAAAAUUGUUUGGAGGUUGAGAAGAAAAUAGGAAUACAAAAGAAGUAUUGAAAGUGAAGUAGAUUCAGUGAAAAGUCGGUACAAAGCGUUGACUGACUUUUUGCGUGGAUUAUGGAAGAAGGGCUGGAUACAAAAAUGGUGAAAAGCUCGGCGGAUUAUGUAAAAGCCAUGGAGAGCAACGUGCAAUCAAAUCAGGUAAUCGAGACGAAAGUGUACAAACGACGAUGGCUGAUUCUAAUUAUUUUCGUGCUGUACAGCGCCAGCAACUCGAUGCAAUGGAUUCAAUACAGCAUCAUUGCAAAUAUCGUAACGAUAUAUUACAAUGUAUCCACUUUUUCAGUGGAUAUGACCAGCAUGAUAUACAUGAUAACUUAUAUUCCCUUCAUCUUUCCAGCAAGUUAUUUACUCGACAGAUUCGGCCUCAGGUUCGCCGUUUUGACAGGCGCGAUCGGAACGAUGACCGGUUCUUGGAUAAAAGUGUUUAGCGUAAGUCCAGAUCGGUUCUGGGUUACCUUCAUCGGUCAAACAUUCGUUGCUGUGAGCCAAACGUUCAUCUUAUCGGUUCCAGCUCGUUUGGCCGCUGUUUGGUUCGAUUUAAAUCAGGUCAGCAGCGCGUGCAGCAUCGGCGUUUUUGGAAAUCAGUUGGGUAUAGCAAUUGGUUUCCUCUUCCCGCCGAUGUUGGUGCAAAACAACGAAGACAUUAGUCAAAUCGGCCGAGGAUUGCAUGCGAUGUUCUACAUAGUCGCUGCUUUUACCACCAUUAUUUUGGUCCUUAUACUUCUAUUUUUUAAGUCUAAACCACCGCUUCCUCCGAAUCAAGCACAAGCUCAAAUUCAGAGAGAGAACGAAACGCCGAAAAGAUUCUUCAUUUCCAUGAAGAAACUAAUCACAAACGUCGGUUACUUGUUACUAUUGUUCAGUUAUGGUAUCAACGUAGGCGUGUUCUAUGCCAUCAGCACGCUUCUCAAUCAGAUAAUUCUUCAAUAUUUUCCUAAUCAUGAAAAAGAUGCUGGAAGAAUCGGAUUGACCAUCAUCUGCGCUGGUAUGUUAGGUUCUGUGGUUUGUGGUAUUGUGCUUGAUAAAACGCGCAAAUUCAAAGAGACAACAUCAGGCGUUUAUCUUUUUUCCUUUCUGGGCAUAAUUAUAUUCACAUUCACUCUAAUGUCCACCAAUCAAAUAUUCACCAUUUAUAUAAUAGCCGGCACAUUAGGAUUCUUUAUGACUGGCUAUCUUCCAGUGGGUUUCGAAUUUGCCGCGGAAUUGACAUAUCCGGAACCGGAAGGAACAUCCGCUGGUCUACUAAACGCAAUGUGCCAAGUAUUCGGUAUCAUCUUCACGACUAUCUACGGAUAUUUCUUGCACGUUUGGGGUGAUUUUUGGGCGAAUAUUUUCCUCUGUAUUGUGUUAGCUCUUGGUUCGUUUCUUACUAUCAUCAUUCCCAAUGAUCUUCGAAGACAGAAAGUUUUAAAGAAUUCCAUAGUCGAAGAUUGAGAGAUAAAAAAUUAGAGAAUGAUCGACUAGUCUUUGUUGUGAUCGAUGAUAUUGCGAAUGUAGACUUUCCUAGGAUGAAUAUCUUUAAGAUAGAUGAGAAAAAUGAAUUAUUAUAGGUUGUCCAAAGAUAGUUGAUUUUGAUAAAAUGUCAGAAAAUUGCAUAGAAUCGUCUGCCUCAUGUUAUCUACUGUUGUUAUUAUCAUUAUUCUAUUCUUUCAUAUUUUUUCAAUAUUUUAUAUUUUACGUUUACAUAUAUAAUAUUUUUUUUAUUGAAUUCAAUUCUUAAAUAACACUUAAAAAUAGAUUUCUUAAUACAUAAAAAUAUGAUGUAAUUAGUUUCUAAACCAAGAAGGUUAAUAUGGUAGAUGAUAAAAUAUCAAAAUAUUUUAUGAAUACAAAUAUAUUCGAAUGAUAACAAGAAUAGAUAAAGAUAAGCGAACAAUAAUUUUGGGCAUGGUUCAAGAUCUGAAAUUAUGUGGAAUAUUCCGUAUUAUUUUUAUUAUUUUUUUAUUAUCUUUGUUUCAAAAAUACUAAAUAGAAGUUCUAAUUUAUUUAUAAAUUAUCGAGAUUAAUCAUUGACUAUUUAAAGAAUCACUAUCUUACAUUUACACUUACAUUCUAUCUUAUUGUUUCUUCUUCUUUAUGCUGUGAUGACACUCAGUAUCAUGGAACAAUUCCAUUCGCGUGUAGGCAACAUCUGAAACUUUUGUGCAUUUCAAAAAAAAAAUUAAAAACUAUAAAGCUACAGAGCUAAUUUUUAUGUAAUUUUUGUAUUUAAAAAAUCAAUAUGAUAUGAUAUUUCGUUUCGUUGUCUACGUAGUUUGAAAAGCAAAAAUUUCUUUUUAUUUCAACCAUCAGUAUUAUUAUCUUUUAUGAUUCUAAUGAAUGUGUUUAACGAACUUUUUCUCAAAAACCUCAAACGAUGCGAAUUAAGAUGAAAAAAUUUCGCAUUUUUAUGAUUAACAUACCAAAAUAAUGCCAAUAGUCGAUGAAAUAAUCAGAAAUUUAAAAUAGUAUUUCGUGGACAACAGAAAUGAUAGUACAAUAAUAAUAAUUGAUGCGAUUAGAUUCUUACAAAAAUAUUGAUAUAUUAUACAUCUUAGGAUGAACGAAAGAUAGAUAAAAAUCUAUUUAUUCUCGUUAUUUGUGUAAAUGUUCCCAUUUAGAAUAGAUUUUUAAACUUUGGUCUUCGUCAUGUACAAAUGUAUUCUGUGAAAUUGUAUUUCUUCGAUACGUAACUUCCAUAAUUUAUCACAUUAAAUAUUAUCACAAGAUAUCGAUCGAAUGUCGUGGAAUGAAAUAUUUUUGAAAUUUGAGUAAAAUAAUGAAAAUUUUUUAAAUUUACUUUUACUAUGAGCAAACUAUAACUUUGCAAAGUUCAUAACACACGAGCAAAAAAUUGGAUGUAAGAUAAAUUCAAUAAUCUAGAACCGCGUGAAAUAUGCAAGUUAUCGAAGAAAUUCGAUUUGCGAGAUGAUCGAGAUUCGAGAUUAAAUUUGUUCGAAUCGAUCGAGGAAAAACGAAUUAUCACACGAAGGUUAAUAUAAACGAGCUAUCUGAAAUUGAAUUUUCUUCUAAUUGAAAGUGAGUUUAGAAAUCAUUAAAAUAUUGUCGGAUAUCGAAUUUUACUUUAGAUCGUAACAUCAUUGUCAGACUAUUCUUAGCUUGAAAAAAAGUUUCUUUCGUUUUAAAUAACCUCUAAUCAACGGACGACAAUAAUAUUGUAGCUACACGUACAAAAUGAGUAUUAAGAAACAAUUGAAUAUUGUAGUUAUAAUUGUUAUAAAUUCUGAUCGAUAGACUGAAAAAUGUUUAUAUGUUUAAAAUUAAAACGUAGAACAAGAAUGUUAUUAUUACUUAGUAUUUUUAAAUGAAUCAUAUCUUUUAUAAUAUUUCUAGUAUUUGAGAAAAGAUUUUUUUCUUUAAGUUAUGGUUAUUAAAAUUUAUAUGAACAUCUACAGUCUAAUGAUCAUGUGUACUAAUUUUUAUAAAUAUUAUCGUGUGUCCAUAUAUAAUUGUGGGGCCAUGUAUAAAAAUGAAUAGAUAUGAAAAUAGUCGACAAUAAAUUUAUAGUAAAAGUACUAAGGAUUCGAAAUUGAUAGAAUAUAGAAAAUUUUGCUUCUAUUUUUAUAAUAUUUUUACACCAUGGAAGUAUUCGAAGAAAAAACUUGCACAUUUUUUUUUCAGUUGCGUUCUUAGAUCUUCGUGUUAAAAAUACAAUUGUACAUAUUUUUUUUUUCUUGUAAAGAUGCAUUGCUACGAAAAAAAACUAUCAGAAAAAUAAUUUUUGAAAAUGUCAAUUAAUUGUCACAAAAUCUUUUAUCCGAAAUCACGAAACAAAUAAACGAAGUUCAAAAAUUUACAGAUAUAGAGGCACACGUAUACGGAUAUAUGUAUAUAUUUUGUAAACUCGAUGUGUAUAUUUUACAUGUAUAUUUUAUUCAACGCCGUCUGUAUGUGUAAAUUGUUCCAAACAUAUCUUUUAUAAUAUUAAUAGUUCAAAUGUUACGAUAAUUAUCAUAUUUCGAUGUGAUUUAAAGACAAUAUUAAAUGUUAACAUGUGUUAAGUUUAUAUUUUUAAAUAAUCUGCAGGUAUACCGAUAUUUGUGAAAAAGUGUUAAGUGAUUUUUAACAGAGCAAGUGUUUUAAAGUAGAUCAUUCCAUGGAUAACAUGUUUUUAUUUGAAAGAUGGUAAUUAAACAUAAAAACCGGAAACUUGUAAUAGAGAAAAAAAUACCUGAAGAAUCAUGGAAGAUUAUAUUGCGAUCUCGCUUAAUUAAUUUUGCUGUAUCAGCAACGAUUAACUUUUUAUGGAAACGAAAAUGUAACACAGUGCACGUACGUCUAUAUCCAAAUGGAUAUAAUUAUUUUAAAUAACUGGAAAAUUAUUCCAGUACAAUGGAUGGAUAGUUUUAUUCUUUUCUUUCUUUUUAUUUGAGUUACAUUUUUUCCUUUUUAUAUUAUUAUUAUAUAAAAAUCAAAAAAUUUUUCUAUUAAUUAUUUAUACAAGAAGAAAAGAAUAAAGCGAUCAAAAUCAUGUUUGAAAUAAUCGUUUUUAAUCAAUCAAGAAUAUUUAUAAUCUUCCAUUUUUUUUUUUAAUUUUGCAUUUUCGAACAUCGUAUUUGUGAUUCGUUUGUCAUUUUGUAAAUAAAUUAUAGCAACUUAAAUGAGUUUCUUUAAGUUUUGCUAUGAGCUUCAUGCGAAAAUCGUUUUGUGACGCACGUUCUUCCUAAAAUCGGAAAUGAGUGGGACAAAUCGAAUAAAAAGUAUCUGUGAUUCUUGACAAUAUUCGCUAUUCGAUUAUCAUCUGAAUAUGUAGAAUGAUAGGAAGCUUUGAAGAUUAUAAAAGUCUUAAGAAAUUAUCUUAUUGUUAUUAUCGAAUUAUGUUAUUGUUAUUGUGUAAUCACAUUGAAAAUGAAUCGAAAAAUAAAUAUAAUGAGAAAUAUUUACGAUAAAA